AUUGGAGCACCCCAACCCAACCCCAAAAGAAAAACAUAAGAAAAAAAAGAUUUAGAGAGAGAAACACACAAAAACCACGAUCAUACUCGGAAAAGAAAAAGAAGUCAGUCAAGUCAUAUAUAUCCACAACAAUUCCUCUCGAUCUCUCACACACACAUUAAAUCUGAAUUUACUUUUUUUUCUAAAAUUUCGUUUCUCUUUACUCUCUCUGUAGCAUUUUAUCGAACACAUUACGGUAUAUACAAAAGCUUAUAAAAUUUCGAAAAAACGAAACAACAAAAAAACAAUUUCAUGGCUGUGAUUGGGGACUGGGGCAGCAUUACUGCUCGUGGUUUCUUCUUUUUUAAUCAGAGAUCAUCAUAUUUUAAACAAAAUCAACUUCUCAAUUUUUCGUAUGAGUUGUAUAGUUUAGCAAUUUUUCUUCUUCUAAUGCUGCUUCAUUUCCCACCAUAGUUGGUUUAGUCUUGAAUAUUCAACUAUUUGCAUUAAUUAUUAUUAUCGUUCUUUCGUUAUUCCCAAAAUCUAACCCCGCAUCACAAUCACGCACCUUCUCAGAAGAGUGAACUUCAACGAUUCCCGUAGAGAGAGAGAGAGAGAGUAGCUGAAUGCUAGAGAGAGAAGCUCUGAAUUCGUGUUCCCAACCGCUCCUUUUGGCUCAGAUUCUUGGAUGAAAAAAAAUCUGGGUUUCUUUCCCUUGUUGAUUUUCAUCUAUGUGUUUUUGGUUUCUUGUGUGAUUCUGAGUGUCGAUUUUAUUUUGGUUCUUUUUUAUUUUGGGGGCUUUCUGUGGUUCUUUGUUUCUGGGUCUGGGUAUUUCGUGCAAGUGGAACUUUGAUCUUUGGGUAUGGAGGGUGGUGGUUCAGAAGAAGAGAAGAGGAAGGAGAAGCCAGCGGAGGUUGAGAACAAGAUCAAGCGCAGAAUGAAGACUGCUUUUCAGUUGGAAGUUCUGGAGAAAACUUAUGUUGGAGAGGCUUACCCUUCAGAAGCAGUGCGAGCUGAGUUAUCUGCGAAGCUGGGUCUGUCUGAUCGUCAACUGCAAAUGUGGUUUUGUCACCGGAGGCUGAAGGAUAGGAAAUCAGCACCAACAGCGAAGAAGCCCCGAAAUGAUCACCCGCCUGUGGCACGGGAUUCAGUGCCCGUAGGAGAGGGUCUUGAGCAAAUGGCAGUGGCUGAUGCCAUGCAUGAUUGUGGUUUAGCUUCUGGGUUGAAGCCAUUUGGAUAUUCGGAUCCAAGGCAAGUUGUUCCAAAUCCUUCGAUUUCCUUUCCUAGAAGAGGAGCUGGAUUGCCAACAAUGGAGAACAAUAGUUACUAUGAACCACAUCAGGCCAUCGAGGUGCUGCGAGCAAUUACGUUUGUGGAGAGACAGUUGGGUCAGCCAUUAAGAGAGGAUGGACCAAUUCUGGGAAUGGAAUUUCAUUCCUUACCCCCAGGGGCAUUUGGUGCCCCAAUAGAGGAAGUGACAUUGGGACAGCAUAGGCAUUCUGGAAGCCCUUUCGAGGCAAAAAUUUAUGAUCAACGAAACAAGGGCAUUCCAAGGACUCUCCACGAGUAUCAGUUUAUUCCAGAGCAGCUAACUGUUAGAAAUGAGACAUUUGACAGAGUUGCCCCCACUAUCCAUUACAGUUCUCCUGAUGGCAUUUCACAUUCCAGGACUUCACUACCUAGCCAGAAAUCUUUGCUUGGUGGGAAUGAAUCUACACCAUAUGGAUAUGGAGUUCAAGAUCAGAUGCCUGCUUUGAAUCAUUUGUCUCAGCAUGUCAGGCAGAAUCAUGUUUUGCCUUUUGCUUCUGGACAGAUUGAGGGUAUUCCACGAAAGAACACAUUUGUUGAUGUAACAGUUGUUACUCAUAGUGGGGUUCACCCAAUAACUCUGACUGACACUGCACUAGUGCCAUCUGACAACACGGUUAUCCAUGAGGAGGAACCUUCAAGGUUUCAGAGGAAGCAAAUGAAUGAAGAAGCUAGAAUACGACGUGAACUUGAAGCUCAUGAGAAAAGAGUUAGAAAAGAGAUUGAAAAACAGGAUAUUCUAAGGCGAAAGAGGGAAGAGCAAAUAAAGAAAGAGAUGGAGAGGAAUAACCGUGAAAGGCGGAAAGAAGAAGAAAGGUUGUUACGUGAAAGACAGCGAGAGGAGGAGAGGUACCAAAGAGAACAGAGGCGUGAUCUGGAGCGUAGGGAGAAGCUUUUACAGAAAGAAUCAAUGAGAGCUGAGAAACUGAAACAGAAGGAAGAACUACGCAGGGAGAAAGAGGCAGCAAGGAUCAAAGCUGCUUAUGAGAGAACUCUUGCCCGCAGAAUGACCAGAGAAUCAAUGGGACUUAUUGAAGAUGAACGUCUGGAACUCAUGGAACUAGCUACAUUGAAGAAGAGACUUCCUUCGAUACUGGCUCUUGAUUAUGAAACUAUGCAAAAUCUCGAGUUAUAUAGAGAUGGGCAAACACCAUUCCCACCCAAGUCUGUGAUGUUUGGCAUUCUUUAUAAGAAAUAUGCUAAAACUUUCUGAUCACUUCAUUUUUAGGUUUGGAGGUUCUUGAAUACUUUUGCUGAUGUUCUUGGAAUAUGGUCGUUUACCUUGGAUGAACUUAUUCAAGCUUUCCAUGACUAUGAUCCAAGGUUGUUAGGUGAAAUUCAUAUUGCUCUUUUGAGAUCUAUUAUGAAAGAUAUUGAAGAUGUUGCAAGAACUCCCUCCACUGGAUCAGGAGGUAACCAAAACAAUGUUGCCAAUUAUGGUGGGGGGCAUCCUCAAGUAGUUGAAGGGGCAUAUGUGUGGGGUUUUGAUAUAAGAAAUUGGCAACGGCAUUUAAAUCCAUUAACAUGGCCUGAAAUUUUGCGGCAGUUUGCUUUGUCAGCUGGAUUUGGCCCAAAAUUGCAGAGACAUAGUGAAUUGGUGCAUCCUUGUGAUAACAAUGAGGGUCAUGAUUGUAAAGACAUAAUCUCUCAUCUGCGCAGUGGAGCUGCAGUAAAAAAUGCAGUUGCUAUCAUGCAAGAGAAGGGAUUAUCUAAGCCAAGUAGAUCAAGACAUCACUUGACUCCUGGAACUGUUAAAUUUGCUGCAUUUCACGUCCUUUCUGUUGAAGGGAGCAAUGGCCUCAAUAUAUUGGAAGUUGCAGAGAAAAUUCAGAAAUCUGGGCUCCGUGAUCUUACAACAAGCAAAACUCCAGAGGCUUCUAUAUCUGCUGCAUUGUCUAGAGACACAAAGCUAUUUGAAAGGAUCGCUCCUUUGACGUAUUGUGUACGUCCUGCAUAUCGAAAGGAUCUGUCUGAUGCUGAAGCAAUUUUUUCAGCUGCCAGGGAAAGAAUCAGGGUAUUCAAAAGUGGAUAUAUGGAUGCUGGUGAAGCAGAAGAGGGGGGAAGAGAAGAUGAUUCUGAAAAUGAUGUAGCAGAAGAUAUUGAAACCGAUGAUUUAGGAGCUGAAACUAAUAUAAAAAAUGGGGGUUUCAGUUCUGUAGAAUUUAAUUCAAAAACCGUAAUGAGAAUUAGAAAGGACACUGGUAAGGUUUCUCAAACACUUGGUUGCUAUGACCAUGAGAAACUGGAUGAGGAUAUACUGUCAAUUGUUUCUGAAGGCAUUGAUAUGCACAAAGGGAUUAGUGCCUCUUGUGAUAUUGCUGUUUGCAGCAAUGAUGUGUCUAAUCCUAAUCUUGAAGGUAUGGAUAUUGAUGAAAGCAUUCCAGAUGAGUCGUGGGUACAGGGGUUGAUGGAAGGAGAGUACUCUGACCUCAGUGUUGAGGAGCGUCUUAAUGCUCUCAUUGCUUUGGUUAAUGUGGCAAUUGAAGGGAACUUAAUUCGUGUUACACUUGAGGAUCGUCUAGAAGCUGCAAAUGCUUUAAAGAAGCAGAUGUGGGCAGAAGCACAGCUGGGUAAACGUCGUAUCAAAGAGGACUACUUUGUUAAGAUGCAUCCUGUAUCUAAUUUCAGCAACAAGAGUGAAUCAAAUAGUGCAUUUCCAUCACUUGAGGGCAAACAGAAGCCAUUCCUUUCUGUUGAUAACAAGAACGACGAGGCUUUAUUAACCCCUCUUGGCCAGUGCAACCAGAUCAACGAACUACUGGAAAAUCCAAAUCAUAUUGAGAGUUCCUCAUUUGAAGUUAGCCACCAGCUCCAUCGAAGUUCUGCUAACCAAGAUAAUUAUUCUUUUCAACAAUUUGGAUUUGCUCCUGAAAAAUCAAGGUCAAAUAUAAAAUCUUACAUUGGUUACUUGGCAGAACAAACCUACAUGUAUAGGACAUUGCCUCUUGGCUUGGAUCGCAGACAUAACCGAUACUGGCAGUUCAUUACAUCUGCUUCUCCAAAUGAUCCUGGUUGUGGCAGGAUUUUUGUGGAGUUGCAUGAUGGUUGUUGGAAAUUGAUUGAUUCUGAAAAGGGAUUUGAUUCCCUAUUGGGUUCGUUGGAUGUACGUGGGAUCAGGGAGUCACACUUGCAUAUGAUGUUGCAAAGUAUCGAGAUGGCGUUCAAGGAAUCUAUUAGAAGGAAUGUCCAUAAUGGUGAUGCAAGAAUGGAGAAUGGGGACACUGUCAAGAGGCUCAAGACAGAAGCUUUUGAAGUGGAUACGAACAAUUAUUGUAGUGAUAUUCACCAUCCUACAUCUGUGUGCAUCGAUAAUUCAGAUGCUUCAGAGGUCUCGACAUCUUUUGCAGUUCAGCUUGGAAGAAAUGAAGCUGAAAACAGGGAUGCUCUUCUGAGAUAUCAGGACUUUGAGAAAUGGAUGCUAAAUGAAUGCCUAAAUUCGUCAAUAUUAUGUGCCUUGAAGUUUGGGAAGAGGAGGCGUAGCAAACUGUUGACUGUGUGUGAUUCAUGUCAUGAUGUUUAUUUCUUUGAUAGAAUCAAAUGCCCUUCCUGCAAUAGAACUCUCAAUGCUCACGGCAAGGCAAAGAUUGACACUGAUUAUUUUCAUGUUUCAUCUUAUCUUCCUUUGAGAAUGAGAUUGCUGAAGGUCUUAUUGUCAAUUGUUGAGGAUUCUGUUCCCGAAGAAGCUUUUCACGGUAUUUGGACCAACAGUUAUAGGAAAUCAUGGUGUACAAAACUGGAUGCUUGCUCAUCAACUGAAGACCUCCUGGAGAUAUUAACUGUAUUAGAAAGCGCUAUAAAGAGGGAGUAUUUGGAUUCAAACUAUGAAACUACCUCUGAGCUGCUGGGUUCGUUAAAUUCUUCUGGAUGUCCUCCAACUAAUGAUUUUGUAGGUGCUGAAAGGAUACUUCCAUGGGUGCCGUGCACAACAGCUGCGGUGGCUCUGAGACUCAUGGAACUCGAUGCAUGCACCUCUUACACCUUUCAGCAGAAGAUGGAGUCUGAAAAGGAUAAAAGAAUUGGAAUUGUUACGAAGCUUCCGACAAAAUAUGCUUCUGCCAAAUCAUCCUGCCGUGAUAGUGCAAUUGAAGAAAGAGGACAAACGUCCCAACAGGGACAAAGAUCCCAGCAGGGACAAAGCAUGCAUAAGGUUAAGCAUACUGUUGAAAACAUGGUUGGUCUUGGUGCUGGCCUUGCAAGUUACAGCAGAGGACAAAGGUCCCGACAGGGCCGGAGCCAUUCUUGUGUGAGUGGGAGAUCACAAGGACGGAUUCUUAAUUCAAGACAUGAUUCUAGAAAGAGAAGCACGACCUCUAGCAGCAUGAAAAUAGGAAAUUUACUUGGAUGGAAAGGGAGACCAUGUAGGCAUGCAGAACAAAAUGUACGUGGUCGUCGGAGUGUUCGAAGUAGGCAGAAACCGGCUGUCAAGGUUGAGAAGGACACUCCAGAUGAUAUCACAGGGUAUACAGCUGGUAUCUUUAUCAAUGAAAAGAUGAAUGGAAGUGAAGUGGAAGCUGCUGCUAGAAGUGCUAGCAGCUCAGAAAAAUCGGCCUAUGAAAAUGAUAUUUAUCAGUCAACAGUUGAUGCGGAUGAAUAUCUAAUUGAUGAUAAUAAUAAUGAUGGAUAUGAGGGUGGAUUUAGUGGAAAAUCUGAGAACUUUGCAGAGGGGAGCAACCGUAAUGUGGAUGAUGAUGAAAAUGAGGACGUUGAUGACAAUGAUGAUGAAGACGGACAAGUUGAUGUUGAAGAUUAUAUAAGCCACAAAUCAGAUACUGACGCCGGAGAAAAUGCCGACCAGAACAUGGAUCCUAAUGGAACAGAUUCAACUUCAUUGGAGUACAGUGAUUAAAGAAACAUGCCAUGAAUAAAGUGACACCAUAGUGUUUGUAGGAUCAUUCUGAAUAUAUAUAUAUGCUCAAGUAAUGUAGGAAUAGGUAAAUGGGUAGGUACUCGGGAUAGAAUUUGUAGAAUACAAAAAUGAUGCAAGGAAAUUUGUUCUCCCUCUCGUUAAAUGAUGGCAUCGCUGGGAGAAAUUAGAUUCGUGGACAGCAAAAUCAUCUCCUAGACUUUGAUUUGUAUUAUUUGAGUGAGUUUGGUCAUGUCAAUCUGAGAAUGAUAACGUGUUAAUACUUAAAUAUAGUGUACAGAGAGUUGGGUACUUAAA